AUGACGUCCUUCCCGACGGAGGACGCGACUGGGCCGAUUCCAUCAGGUGAAGAUGUCUAUAACCAGCCUGGUCCUCCCAAUCGCACACCGGGGACUCCACCCCCCCCCACACAACCCGACGAGCCUCCCCCUACAACCCCACCGUCUUCCCUCUCAGCCUCCCACAACACCCACGCAGCUCCCCCUACAACCCCCACCGUCUCCCCUCUCAGCCUCCCCAUACACACCCACCGUCUCCCCUCUCAGCUCCCCUACAACCCGCACCGUCUCCCCUCUCAGCCUCCCCCUACAACCCCCACCGUUUCCCCUCUCAGCCUCCCCUACAACACCCACCGUCUCCCUCUCAGCCCUCCCUCCCCUACAACCCCACGUCUCCCCUCUCAGCUCUCCCUCCCUACAACCCCCACGUCUCCUCUCAGCCCCCUCCCACUACAACACCCCGUCUCCCCUCGCAGCCCCCUCCCCUACAACCCACCGUCUCCCCUCAGCCCCUCCCCCUACAACCCCACCGUCUCCCUCAGCCCUCCCCCUACAACCCCACGUCUCCCCUCUCAGCCCCUCCCCCUACAACCCCACCGUCUCCCUCAGCCCCCCUACAACCCCACCGUCUCCCUCAGCCCCUCCCCUACAACCCCCACCGUCUCCCUCAGCCCCUCCCCCCUACAACCCCACGUCUCCCUCUCAGCCCCCUCCCCCCUACAACCCCCGUCUCCCCUCAGCCCCUCCCCCCUACAACCCCACCGGUCUCCCCCUCAGCCCCUCCCCCUACAACCCCCACGUCUCCCUCUCAGCCCCCUCCCCCUACAACCCACCGUCUCCCCUCAGCCCUCCCCCUACACCCCACGUCUCCCUCUCAGCCCCUCCCCCUACACCCCCACCGUCUCCCUCAGCCCUCCCCCUACGACCCCACCGUCUCCCUCAGCCCUCCCCCUAACGACCCCACCGUCUCCCCUCUCAGCCCCCCCCUACAACCCCACCGUCUCCCCUCAGCCCCUCCCCUACAACCCCCACCGUCUCCCCUCAGCCCUCCCCCUACAACCCCACGUCUCCCUCUCAGCCCCCUCCCCUACAACACCCACCGUCUCCCUCUCAGCCUCCCCACUACAACCGGCACCGCACGCUCCCCUCUCAGCCCCUCCCCCUACGACCCACCAUUCCCCUCUCAGCCCCCCCUACAACCCCACCGUCUCCCCUCGCAGCCCCCCUCCCCACUACGACCCCCACCGUCUCCCCUCUCAGCCCCUCCCCCCUACAACCCCACCGCUCCCCUCAGCCCCUCCCCCCUACAACCCCACCGUCUCCCCUCAGCCCCUCCCCCCUACAACCCCCACCCCCCUCCCCCUACAACCCCACCGUCUCCCUCAGCCCUCCCCCUACAACCCCCACGUCUCCCCUCUCAGCCCCCUCCCCUACAACCCCCACCGUCUCCUCUCAGCCCCUCCCCCCACAACCCCACCGUCUCCCCUCAGCCCUCCCCCUACAACCCCACGUCUCCCCUCUCAGCCCCCUCCCCCUACAACACCCACCGUCUCCCUCUCAGCCUCCCACUACAACCGGCACCGCACCGCCUCCCCUCUCAGCCCCUCCCCCUACGACCCCACCAUCUCCCCUCUCAGCUCCCCUACACCCCCACCGUCUCCCCUCGCAGCCCCCCUCCCACCUACGACCCACCGUCUCCCUCUCAGCCCCUCCCCCCUACGACACCACCCUCUCUCCUCUCAGCCCUCCCUCCCCCUAAACAGCCACUGUCUCCUCUCGCCCCCCUACAACACCCACCGUCUCCCUCUCAGCCCCCCCCCUACAACCCCACCGUCUCCCCUCUCAGCCCCCCUACAACACCCACCGUCUCCCUCUCAGCCCCCCCCCUACAACCCCACCGUCUCCCCUCUCAGCCUCCCCUACAAACCCACCACGUCUCCCCUCUCAGCCUCCCCUACAACACCCACCGUCUCCCCUCGCAGCCCCCCUCCCCCCUACAACCCCACCGUCUCCCCUCUCAGCCCCCCCUACAACCCCCACCGUCUCCCCUCGCAGCCUCCCCCUCACAACCCCACCGUCUCCCCUCACUCAGCCCCCCUACACCCCACCGUCUCCCCUCCAGCCCCCCCUCCCACCUCAACCCCCACCAUCUCCCCUCUCAGCCCCCCCUACAACCCACCGUCUCCCCUCUCAGCCUCCCCCCUACAACACCACCGUCUCCCUCUCAGCCUCCCCUACAACACCCACCGUCUCCCCUCGCAGCUCCCCCCCACAAACCCACGUCCUCCUCAGCCUCCCCCUACAACCACGUCUCCUCGCACCCCCCCCCCUACAACCCCCAGUCUCCCCUCAGCCCCCCUACGACCCCCACCGUCUCCCCUCUCAGCCUCCCUACGACCCCCACCGUCUCCCCUCUCAGCCCCCCCCCCCUACAACCCCACCGUCUCCCCUCUCAGCCUCCCCUCACACACCCACCGUCUCCCUCUCAGCCUCCCCCUACAACACCACCGUCUCCCCUCUCAGCCCCCCCCCCCUACAACCCCCACCGUCUCCCCUCUCAGCCUCCCCUACGACCCCACCGUCUCCCCUCUCAGCCUCCCCUACGACCCCCACCGUCUCCCCUCUCAGCCCCCCCCCCUACACCCCCACCGUCUCCCCUCAGCCCCCUCCCCUACAACACCCACCGUCUCCCCUCAGCCCUCCCCCUACACCCCCACGUCUCCCCUCUCAGCCCCUCCCCUACAACCCACCGUCCCCCUCAGCCCUCCCCCUACAACCCCCACCGUCUCCCCUCAGCCCCUCCCCCUACACCCACCGUCUCCCCUCAGCCCCUCCCCCUACAACCCCCACGUCUCCCCUCUCAGCCCCUCCCCCUACAACCCCCACGUCUCCCCUCUCAGCCCCCUCCCCCCUACAACCACGUUCCCCCUCUCAGCCCCUCCCCACUACAACCCCCACCGUCUCCCUCAGCCCCCUCCCCCUACGACCCCACCGUCUCUCUCAGCCCUCCCCCUACAACCCCACCGUCUCCCUCAGCCCUCCCCUAAACCCCCACGUCUCCCCUCUCAGCCCCCUCCCCCCUACAACACCCACCGUCUCCCCUCUCAGCCUCGCCAUACAACCGCACCGCACCCCUCCCCUCUCAGCCCCCUCCCCCUACGACCCCCACAUCUCCCCUCUCCCUCCCCUACAACCCCCACCGUCUCCCCCUCGCAGCCCCCCUCCACCUACGACCCCCACCGUCUCCCUCCUCAGCCCUCCCCCUACGACCCACCCCCCCCCUACAACCUCCACCGUCUCCCCUCAGCCCCCCCCCCUACAACCCCCACCGCUCCCUCUCAGCCCCCCCUACAACACCCACCGUUCCCCUCUCAGCCCCCCCCCUACAACCCCCACGUCUCCCCCUCAGCCUCCCCUACAACACCCACCGUUCCCUCUCAGCCUCCCCCUACAACACCACCGUCUCCCCUCGCAGCCCCCCUCCCCCUACAACCCCACCGUCUCCCCUCUCAGCCCCCCUACAACCCCCACCGUCUCCCCUCGCAGCCCCCCCUCCCACCUACAACCCCACCGUCUCCCUCGCAGCCUCGCAGCUCCCCCUACAACCCCCACCGUCUCCCUCCGCAGCCCCCCUCCCCCUACAACCCCACCGUCUCCCCUCGCAGCCCACCUACUAACCCCCACCGUCUCCCUCGCAGCCUCCCCCCUACAACACCCACCGUCUCCCUCUCAGCCUCCCCCUACAACACCCACCGUCUCCCCUCGCAGCCCCCUCCCCCUACAACCCCCACCGUCUCCCCUCUCAGCCCCCUACAACCCCCACGUCUCCCCUCGCAGCCCCCUCCCACCUACAACCCCCACGCCUCCCCUCGCAGCCUCCCCCCCUACAAACCCUUUCUCCUCUCUCCCCCCUACAACCCCACCGUCUCCCUCUCAGCCUCCCCCUACAACACCCACCGUCUCCCCUCUCAGCCUCCCCCAACAAACCCACGUCUCCCCUCGCAGCCCCCCCCCCUACACCCACCGUCUCCCCUCUCAGCCUCCCCCUACGACCCCCACCGUCUCCCUCUCAGCCUCCCCCUAACGACCCCACCGUCUCCCUCUCAGCCCACCCCAACCCCCACCGUCUCCCCUCUCAGCCCCCCCUACAACCCCCACCGUCUCCCCUCUCAGCCUCCCCCUACGACCCCCACCGUCUCCCCUCUCAGCCUCCCCCUACAACCCCCACCGUCUCCCUCUCAGCCCUCUCACCUCAGGGUUGACACUGAGGUGUGA